ACGCGUGGUGAUUCAUCCACUGUGAGGCCGUCAUUGCGGCUCCUUUGGGUUGAUUUCGUGGGCUGAGUGUUUGGUCGUGGCCCUCGGACGCCCCCACGCCACCCCCACCCGCCCCGCACUCAUCCCACGUCUCUUCGGAGUAAAAAGGCUGCUGCGGCAGCUUCCCAACAGAGAUUCCCGUGCCGCCAUGGAGCUUCAGCCUCUCGUGCGCCGGUGAGCCGCAUCCAGCCGAGGGCGGCUCAAAUUCAACAGAGUGACUCUUGCGUCUUUCACGCCGUGAUAUCGGGGGUGUUGUUACCUUGCAGAGACAUAAAGAGUUGCUUGGCGGAGAUUUGGUCGACAUGCAAGAGGACGAUAACUAUUGGCGUGUGACUGGCGGCAACAUCUGCAGCUCAUUGCAAUAAAAGGAUGAGCACUACAGGUCCUGCAGUGACAGCCGCCAUGCUCUAAAGACAACCCGCCGGCCACCAUGAAAGGGUUAGGAGCCAACCGCAGUCGACAUCUCUCUGACUCGUGUGAGCCAGCAGGGUGCCCGCAGAAAGCUCUCUGCCCUUUGACCUCUGAUCCUCACUGCUCCUUCAUGUUAAGCCCAACCAUCAAGCACUAUGGCACCCUGGAUCCUCACUUCCACCAGUAUGCUCCCACUAGCCCAACCGCCUUAGCUCCAGACUGCCUUCUGCCUUUCAACCAGAUGUCCAACAGCAGCACCUUCCCUCGUCUCCACUUCACCCCGCAGACAGAGCAGUCAGACUGUCCCCAAGGCUGUAUGGCAGGCAGUGUGGGAGCAGGGCAGCGCAGCAGGGCAGGUACACUAUCCACCUCUGUGACAACAGGCAUGGGCCUGGGCUUGGGUCUCACUGGCACUCCCAUGAUCACAAGUGGAUCAGCCACCAUCUCCUCUGCAGCGGCAGCCAAAAUGAAUCGGUUACCAUCCAACAUCCUGGAUCAACUGGAACGGCAUCUGCCCCUGCAGCGGGACGGCUUCAGCACUUUGCAAUUUCACAGAGGACGUAUGUCGAAACAACGGAGUGAGAGUCCAGGACGGAUACGCCACCUGAUGCAUUCUGUGCAGAAGCUCUUUGCUAAAUCUCAAUCCCUGGAAAACGCUUCCGUAAAAGGAAAUGCAAUCACCGGAACCAGUGAGGACAGCGGUAGACCCCCCCACCGGAGCAAGAGUAAAGAUAGGGCUAAGACUGAAGGACAAAAGCAGAAAUCAAGGGCAAAUGCAUUAGGCCUGUGGAGCUCAGACAACACUCUUGACAGUGAUACUACCAAAGCCGGCACCGUUGCUGUUGGUUACCGCAACCCAUUAUGUAUGAUGACACUUGGUAGAGCGAUAUCAGACAUCCAGGCCCACCCUAGACAUAUCUCACAGGGCUACAACACCAUUUCUGCACAUUCUCUCAAGUCCUCAAAAAGCAGCAGUGACCUCAAGCUCCUGGGGUGUCCCGUAUCAAAGGUUGGAUCCAAGGACGGGGAAGGAAUAGCUCGGAGCAAGGAUGAUACGCUAGUGAAGAGGGGAUCCUGGUCCAAUCUCACCUUUAAUCAGGCCCGACAAGUGUUGCAGAAAGGCUCGGCUACAGUCAACAGGACCCUUUUAAAAACAAAGUCAUGCCACCAGGAUCUGGCCAACCAGUUCCUUCAGGUUCCACUAGGUGAAUGGGCUGGCACGUUAGGCCCCGGCCGAGCCAAAGGAACAGAAAUUCCAUGUCGAAGGAUGCGCAGUGGCAGCUAUGUGAAAGCAAUGGGAGACAUGGAGGGCAGCGAUGACUCGGAGGGUAGCCCCAAACCUUCUCCCAAAUCUGCAGCCCGUCGCCAGAGCUAUCUGAAGGCCACUCAGCAGUCCUUCAGUGAGCAGCAGCCUCCUCCACCUGCAUGCAACUCCCUGCCCUCCCUAAAAGAGCUGUCCACAAAUCGGAGCCUCGACAACUUAGACUGCCUGGUGAGCCCACUGGAGACAUCACCGGGCCACGGACGGAAAGAUUUCAGCCAUUGCUCCGCUACUUUAACCAGAGGACCCGCCGUUCAGGUAUGCGGGCGUGGCUUUGGGCACUCUCUUCCGCACUGUGAAGGGGAAUCACAGGCAGUGGAGGCCUUGGACCUUCCUUCGGCUACCUGCUUUAGGUCGCGCAGCCAUAGCUACUUGAGGGCCAUCCAGGCUGGUUGCUCCCAGGAUGAAGAUACGGCCUCUGUGGACUCCGACUCACCACCGCCCACCGCCAAGACCUACAACUCAAACACCAUCAACAGUAGGAAGGCUCCACCUCCAGUCCCACCCCGCACCACCUCCAAGCCUCUCAUCUCGGUGACACUUCAGAGCAGCACAGAAUCGGCCCAAGACACGUACCUUGACCAACAAGACCACGCCAGUGAAGCCAACAGCCAAUCAGGACGCAGCACUUCCUCUGAGAGUCUCUGUAGCAUCCGCACCAGCGAUCUGGCUAAGAGGAAGCAGGCUCCCACGACUGACCCAGCCGCUUCCCUUGCACCUGCUGUAGCCUCUGUACCCCCUGUUCCAGCUCCUCGUGACCUUCCACCCACUACCUCUUCCACCACUUCAACAUUGGCUCAGCCCCAAAAGAACACCCUGAACACUGGCGUCACUUUGGAGCAGCCCCCCACUGCACCCAAACGAAAGCUAUCCUCCAUUGGAAUUCAGGUGGAUUGCCUUCAUCCGGACCCAAGAGAGGAACUUUUACCCUUGACUGCCCCCCUUAAAUUCCAGUCAAUUGGAGUUCAAGUGGAGAACGGCAGACCUCUUAGCCGGGACAGCAGCAUGGCCUCCAGACAAAAUACAGAGACCGAGCCUCAGGAGCCCCACGGAGCCGCACCCUUGGAAAGCAACAAAGCCAACGGCACCAGCCCCAAAACCACAAAUUCUAACGAAUCCAAGGCGAAGGACAAAGCCACAGAACAGCGUUCUCUUAAACAAACCUCAACUCCACUGGGAAUGUCCACCUCGCCGCCACAGACACUGGACCCGGCUUUGGAUCCUUCGUCACUGCCACCACCGGAUCCCAGCCUGGCGCGCGGAAACUGCAACGCCCAAGGAGACUCGUCACAAGCCGGCACGCCGGCUUGCCUCCGUGACGGGAACUGGUUCCUGAAGCUGUUGCAGGCGGAAACGGGCCGCAUGGAGGGCUGGUGUCAACAGAUGGAGCAGGAGACCAAAGACAACAAGUUGUCAGAGGAAGUAUUGGGGACCAUCCGCAGCGCAGUCGGCAGCGCCCAACUCCUCAUUUCACAGAAGUUUGAGCAGUUCAAGGGGCUCUGUAAUGAAAACCUGAACGUCAAUGCCGACCCACGCCCAACAGCACAGGACCUUGCGGGGUUCUGGGAUCUGCUGCAGCUCUCAAUAGAAGACAUCAGCAUGAAGUUUGAUGAGCUCUACCAAUUGAGAACCAACAACUGGCAACUUCCGGAGAAAUCAGAGGUCAAUUUUGUCGACAAAUUGGUGUGUGCACCCCGCUUCCCAAAACACAAAGGUGACCUUGCUCUUCGGUCUCCUCAGGUUGAAAACAAGCAGCUUCCAUUGUCCGUGCCAAAGAAGCAAUCUAAGCCCAGGCUAUCAGCUGGGAAGGACAGAAGCGUGGACUCGGCUGUGGACAAGCAGCGACAGGAAGCCAGGAAACGCUUGAUGGCAGCAAAACGUGCGGCGUCUGUGCGACAGAACUCUGCAACGGAGAGCGCCGACAGCAUCGAAAUCUAUGUCCCCGAGGCACAGACUCGCCUUUGAGUAGGCCAUCACCUAUCAUCGGUGUCUGCGUUCACUCAGCGACUCAAAACCGGACCGAACCGAAUCAUCCACACAUGUACAACGGAUGCAUCGGUCCAACAUGUGGAUCCAAACAUUGCGGUCAGCCCUUCAGCGGAACACAAAACAAACAAGCAGGAUGUUUAAUACGAUUGAUAUUACUGACUUUAUGCUAAUUAUAUUCUCCCCAAGUAUAUCAAGACUGAGAUGUGCGAGUACCUUUUAGACAAGGACACAGCGAAGAAUCUUGGUAUGGCCCAAGUUUACCGUCUCUCAGCUCUUGGGAGUGGACCGACACGUUGUGGUUGCCUGGUUUACGAUGUGAGCGACCAUUCAUACACACUCAGGACACACAUGCAGGUGUACUCGCUGACCACAGAGUCUUCCUGUUCUCUCUUUGUAUAUGGCUGCCACGCUUUGGCUGUACUCUUUACCGUGUAAAAGUUAUGGGACGAGGGUAGGAAGGCAGAGAACCAGAGGAAGGCAGUAGCAUAUAUAAAUAUAUAGUAUAAAUAACACACUAUUAUGAUGUUGAUUUUGUAAAUGUUGUAUACCAGAUUAUUUGUUAGAAAGAGCGGUGUUCAGAAGUUGUGUUUUUUUUUUUUUUUUUAAUGAAUAGAUCAAUUACAUGUCCUGUCAGGUUAUAUUAGCACUUGAUGCAAUCAUUUUUGACUUCACCCCCCCAUAGCUUGUCUCACAAACGCACACUACAUAGUCUGUGUCUGUGAUUGUCAUCAUUUUUAAGUCUUACAUUUGUUGGGUUUGUUUUGAGGUGGUAUUUUUUGGAAAGCACUGCUCAGCCAAUGAGCUUUGGAGGAAUGUAUUGCACGUAUGCAUUUUGCAGCACAUUCCAACUUGAUCACUGCACUUUCACCUCAGAUCAAGUUUCCUCGUCUUUAUUUUUUCUUUCGUUCACCGAAUCAUUAUGACUUUACCUGCAACAUGUGACGCAGGGGACCAAGACACCCACCACUUGAUAUGUCAUUCCCAUUUACCCAGACCACGUGAGUGUGUGGGAGUUUUCAUACCACUGGAAUGGCAAUGGAAAAGCAAUAAUGAAAUGGAAUUUUAUCAGUGCAUGCGGUGCAGGACAUGCCCAAUGUCAUUUUACUAUUUGCCUCGUAAGGCUCUCUUGGCAUGAAGGAUGAAUGUUUCUUUCACUUGUGAACUGUCUUUAUCCACUUCAAUCUCAGGUUGAAAGCUCAAAGUCAGAAGAACCACUACAAAUCGAAUGGGAAUUUACACCAAUCGCUCAUGUGAACCAAUUAUGAAAUUGUUCGAACCCACAAGCUGGUUCAUGCGUCGAUUUUGGUGCAAAGCAGACAUCAGUUUUUGACUCCACUUUUCACACUCAGCUGUGUUAAAACAUGACUAAUUGUGGUACUCCCCCAUCCAUAUGACACAUCCUCCUCCUUCUAGCUAAAAGGCCUGUAAUUUUAAUCACAUAUGGUGCUGCAAGGAAUUUCCUUUUGUGCCAAGACGGCAGUGGUCAUCAACAUCUGUGUCAUUUGAGAUUUUUUAUUUUUGAGGUGUUUUUAUUAUUUAAUGUACUUAAGUCUUAGCAAAAGUUUUUUGCAGCACCUCCAACGGUACACACGUGUAGCCUGGCCUGAAGCCGGAUGAAAGGGUUGAGCCACUUGUCAGACUUCACUCACGUCCAGCUGGUCAGUCCCCGCAUUACACUCCAAUUAUAAUGUCCUGCCCAAUUUUGAAUCAAAGCAAAAAUAACAUUAAAUUGUCAAUGUUGACAGUGCAUCCCAUUGUUGUUGAUUUUAUUUUAUUUGUAUUACAUCAACCGUGGACAUGUGCAUUUCCAUUCUCCAAAGAAAUCAUUAAACAUCCCUUUGCUACAUG